UCAAGCCGUGCAGCGCGUCGCACGCGCGUUACGCGAGUGCGAACACGCCCCGCGCGCGGCUCACGCGGUCAGCCAUGGCCAAGAGACAUGUGGAGUUGCUGAGAGAUAGGUUUGGAGAAGAAGUCCUUCAGGCGCUGAUGGCUCAGUGGUCCGAGGCCACGAAGAGCUGCGACCGCGCCAAGCUGGACUUCUUCUUGCGCCUCGCGGAGCCUGCACCCCCCUGCUUCGGCGGCGUCGAGCAGAUCUUGGUGGCAAGGAUCACAUGCACGAACUCUUAGCAAGGAUGGUUUUGUGUGCCCCUGAGACCUGGUUUGAGGUCAUCACUGGCAAGCCCUGCCCGGCCGACGCCAAGAACGACUUCAGCAUCAUUGGUGUGGCCUUUGAUAGCUCUUCACGCCUCCGGCGUGCAGGGGUGGAGUACUACCACGACAGGCGGCAUCCCACUUGCCCUGCCAGGAGGGAUAUCUUUAUGUGGGCUCCUUAGAGACUCCCAAAGUGGAGCAAGUGCGAGAUCUGGCGCCCAAGAAGGAGGGCUUGGUUCGGAUGGUGGCCAUCAGUGAUACGCAUCUCCUCCAUGAGAAUCUUCCACUGCCUGAGGGCGAUCUCUUAGUUCAUGCGGGCGACUUGAGCUACGAGGAGUCGCGGUCCAAAGAUGCCAGCGACUGCGUGUCUAGCGGAGAGCGGAGCGGAGAGCGGAGAGCGGAGCGGAAAGCUAGCUUGGGACGUGUCUGUUUGUUUCGGCGGCUGGGGGACCUGCCGAUCAGUAUUGGAAGAAGCAUAAUUGGUUUCAGGGACUGGGUUUCCAGGUGAUGCUGAAAUUAUGGAACAUGAAUGCAUGUUUUUGCACAUGUUUGUUUUUGUGUUUUCGAAACACAUUAUGGUUUGCUGGCCCUUCCUUUGGCUUCGGCGGCUUUUCAUGUUCGUCUCAAUGCCCACGGCUGAACUCAGAGCAUUUUGAAACGUUUGGCACGUCUCAAAAGUCCUAAAAAAGAACACCCUGAUUCAUGCUCAGCACAUGUUUCGUCCUCCAAGUGUCCUCCCCACCCACCGGCAUCCCCAAAAGGCGUCUCCUGCAUGCAAAAGAACAAACCUCAUGCUCCGCCAACAUCGCCGGGGUCGCCAAACACACGCCCUCUCCGCCUCCGCACGCCGCUGACGUUCUUCUUCACUCGACGAUUCGACCGACGUUCGAAGACGACGUUCUUCAUUCACUUCACUUCACCGAGUUGGAGAAAUUGAAAGACUUCGAGAGCGACUUCAGCGCCUUUCUCCGCUGGUUUCGAUCCUCACACCUGGGCUUCGCCGCGUCGAUGCGCUGGCUUGGAAGCGUUUCGAAGUUUGAGCAUCGAGUGCUGGUGGGCGGAAAUCACGAUUACAUCCUUGAGAAGUUGGGCCCCGAACGAGCGCAAAUGCUUUGUGAAGACUUCGGGGUGAAGUAUCUUCACACCGAAGCGGCACCCCUCUCGCUGUCGUUCCCCUCAGGUCGCAAGGUGAAGAUCUGGGGUUCUGGCGUCUCCUUCUUUGCAGCACUGGGGAAGGAUCGUGCCGUGAUCUCGGGCAACAUCGCAUACCAGCUGGAUACAGCAACUGAAGAAGACAAGUUCGUGAAGGAGACGGCGCAUGUGAAGCCUGGCUCCGUGAACGUGUUGAUCACCCAUGGCCCCCCAGCGGGGGCGCUCUAUGGAAAGGGGGAUCAACCCAAAUGGAUCAACGACUUGUUGAAGCGAGUGAAGCCGCAGGUCUACUUGUGUGGUCAUGCGCACAACCCGGAGAAGGUGAAGCUCGAGCAAAAAGUUGCGGAUGUGGAAGGCACUCUUGGUGCUCACAUUGCCUCGACGAGUGUUUGGAACGCCUACAUGGGGCUGCCAUUCAUUUGUGAUUUGCCUGAGUGGAAAUGAGCAAUCAAUCAUCAAGAAUGUGAUGCAAACACGCAGGACCG